GUCUCAGCUCAGUGGAGCUCAGACCUCAGCAGAGUCCACAUCAGUCCUCAUCAGUCUCCAUCAUGAAGUCUGUCCUCUUUGUGUCUCUGGUGUCGCUCCUCUCGGUCCGGGUCUCGGCGGGUCCGGGAUGCGGGCCGUGUGACCCGGACCAGUGCGCCCCCAUCCCGGCGGAGGGCUGCCCCGCAGGGUCUCUGCUGGACUCCUGCGGCUGCUGCUCCGUCUGCGCCGCCGCGGAGGGGGAGCUGUGCGGGGGACGCCGCGCGGAGGCGCGCCGCUGCGGCCCCGGACUGGAGUGCGUCAAAAGCGACGCGGACAAGAAGAACAAAAUGGGCCUGUGCGCGUGCAAGAGCGACUACGAGGUCUGCGGCACCGACGGAGUGACGUACCGCAACGGCUGCGCCCUGAAGAGCGCCAGCGUGACCGCGGAGAGAGAGGGCAGAGAGCCAAUCAGCGUCCAGAACAAGGGCCGCUGCGCCACAGCUCCUGUGAUCGUCACUCCUCCAGGUCAGGUGUUCAACGUCAGUGGUUCUCAGGUGUACCUGAGCUGUGAGGCGGUGGGCGUGCCCACACCUGUCCUCACCUGGAAGAAGGUCCUCAAUGGGAAGAAAAGGAUGGAGCUUCUACCUGGAGACAGAGACAACCUGGCCAUUCAGACCAGAGGAGGACCAGAGAAGCACGAAGUGACCGGAUGGGUUCUGAUCUCUCCACUCACCAAAGCAGAAGAAGGAUCCUAUGAGUGUCACGCAUCCAACGCCAAAGGAGAAGCUUCUGCCAUCGGAUCCAUUCAUGUGGUCGAGUCCAUCGACGACGUCAACGUCAAGAAAGUGACGAAGGAGGACGAGCUGUGAUCAGCUGAUCCGUCACCACCUGGAGAUUCUCUCGUCUUUCAAACUAAAACAGACAAAUGUGGUUUUAGUUUGUUCUUUUCUCAUUCAUUUAAUCACUAAAUAGUACACAAGUCCUUUGAAACUUUAUCGUUCCAUGUUUUUUUCUAGUGUAAAUCGUCUUCUUUUAACACUUUCAUGUAGUGUCUUUACAUUGAAACCAAACGGAACAUCAGCUGCCGGUCACCAUAGCAACAACGCUGAUCCAGGUUACCAUAGAGACGGUGGCUGAUGUUUUCCAUCAUAAAGGUUUGAAUUCAUGUUUAAAUAAUAUUAAAAUGUUUAAAAUGUUUUAGAGAAACCUCUAAAUGUUUAAGUGAAAUAUAAUGAAUGUGUUUGAUGUGAACAUGAACCUGCUUCAGGUUAAAUGGAUAGAAAUCUGCAUUAAAACACAGAUCAUUAAUGUUUUAACCCCUAAAGACUCAAACAUCCACUGCCGACCAGUAACAGUUUAUACCAUACACAAAGAAUUCACAAAGUGCUUUACAGUCAAAUCAGAAGUAGGUAAUAAGCUUUUAUUGUAAAAUAAAAAGUAGUACUCUACUGAUGGAACUGUUGAACACCUGUUGAUCCAUUAAUCCUGCCGAUCCAUGUCAAUAAUUGGUGUAAAAUACAGUUCUUCAUCUUUUCACGGUCAUCAGAUAUGACCCAUUUAGAUGUUCAGAGGGUCCAUGGUUACCCUGGAAACACGAUCAUCUUCUACAACGGGUUCCCAAAGUGGGGUUCACGAGACACCAACAGGGGUCAUGAGAUGAUCUUCAGAAUCCUCUUGUUGUGACCUCUGAGGUGAUUGCGACAGAUUAUCGACAGUAUGGUUAUACUUACUGACUGAAGGUAGGAGGUUCUGCUUAGUAGGUCUUAUGGAGCACAGAGGAUGCUUUUAUUUUGUAACAGCAAAAGUUAGAAUAGUAAAACAUGGACGACAACCUGACACUGACAAACGGGUAAGCAACUGUUUGGGCCGAAAGGUUUGAUUAAUGGGGUCACAUUAAUAAAUAAACAUUAACAUCCCCACCCCCCACCCCACCCCCAAACAGAACACAAUGAGUAAAAUGUCCACUACCCUCAA